GGCAAACCAAAAAUAUUACCGCUUCUAGUCGUGCACAAGAGUUUUCAGAAGACUUUGUUGCAGAUUCUGGAAUCCUUAUAUACUGUUUUUGUAACCACAGGAUUAAUUAUUAUAAUAAAGCUUUUGUUAUCUCAUAUAUUAGUAGUAAUGGUCAUAUAAAAAAUCAUGAAGCUUAUUUGAAAUCUACAAAUAAAACCUAUCAACAAUACCUUCAAUCAUCUUUAGCUACAGCAGAUAAAAAAAAAGAAAUUAUCUGUGAUCUUGUCAUGACAUGA